GAGACGGGGGCGGGGCCGCGGGGUAACUAGAAACGCUUCCUGGACAUGGAGGCCAGUAUACGUGAUAAAGAAGGUUUUUGCUCCAGAAAUAAUUGCUUUCGGAGAGAAAAAAUAUACUGAGAACUUCCUCUGAUGCAACGCAAGAAACAGAGUUACAAGCCUAAUAAAGUUAAACGAAUCUUCAUAGGAUUCUUCAAGCAACACCAAAAUCUCGAAAUCCACACGAGAAGUGCAUGCUGCAUGACAUGAAAUAGUUGCUUUCGGAGAGAAAAAAUGUAGAGAACUCCCUCUGAUGCAAUGCAAGGGACGGAGUUCCGAGCCAAAUAAAGUUAAACGAAUCUUCAUAGGAUUCUUCAAGCAAGACCAAAAUCUUGAAAUCCACACAAGAGUGCAUGCUGCAUGUUAAGACUGAACUUCGGCAACAAUGAGGACCAUAUUUGCAUUAACCCUUCUACUUAUGCUUGUGGCACUUGCCACAUCCAUGCCCAAUCCCUGCCGGGGCAGAGGCUGUCGACACCUGCGCCCUGCCCGUACCACCGGGCGAAGCCGCGCUCCCCAGGUAGCACCCGGCAACAAGCUUCCCCAAGGCGCCGCCAGGAGACCGAUUGGCAAAAGGCCGCCCGCUCCUCCUACAACGAAAAUCGCCAUAACGACGCCGCCGACGGUUCCGGAAGUCGAACAGGUCACCGAGAUGAAGAUGGUGACGGAUGCCGACGGCAAGGAAGUCCGCGAGGCCGGAGUCAACGGCUGGUUGUCCGAACCCACGCCAUCUCCUGACAACACGUCAUCUAUUUCUAGGACGGAACCACCUUCCAAGACUGGUACCUACUAUUUAAACAA